AUGUCAGUCACGGCAACUGCUGUUGCCAAUGGUGUUCUACCUCAUGCCCAAGAUGCCACAGACACGAUAGCAGAGUUUGGGAAGAUUCUCAAGCUGCGCGACGAGAUCUUUGCAGGUAACCACCCUCGACUGACCGUGCCUACGCAUGUUCUUAGGAAAGUCUCACCUGUUUCGUCUUCUCUUUCUUCAGCGCAACUUUCCGUUUCAUUACAGCAGCCAUCAAUUCAAUUGCCAGGCUUAGGCCUUACUCAGAAUGAAGAGCACCAACGACCAAAGUCCACGACUGCGCCUGCGCAGCCGACCAGCACGGCUUCGGGCAUCCUCCCUGUCCUAUUGACAAAGUCAGAAGAUCUUGUUCGAGCCGAGACAGCACUGCAUAGACAGAGACUUGAGAAACAGCUACGCGAUCAGUUUGAGCAGAAGAGGUUAGAUUCUCGUAAAAGACCUGCCCCAGCUGAAGCCAAACCUGAUUUUGAUAUUUCUGCUCUUCUUGCCAAAGCGUUGGACGCCGUCAAGCCCAUCUCACUUGCAAAGGACCAAUCUGGGAAGGAGGAUGACAACGAUUCAGUUGACGAGAACUCAUUCUACUCUAGUAGAGCCCCUGACUCCACCCCCGAACGAGGUGAGCAGUCGACUUCUUCCCAGGAUCAAGAUGGCGUGGAUGGCAUACAAGCUGAAGUUGCAGAUACUUCAGCAGCUGCAGUACCUUCAGGUCCUGCACGUCCUUCACCUCGAACACAACCCGAGCCCACGAUCGCCGCCAAGCCCGCAACAAACCCCUUCGACAAGCCGCGAGAUGUUAUCAGGGUAGAUGCGGAUGACGAAGAGGAGGAGGGGGAGUAUUCUCCACCCGAGGCUGACCAGUAUGUCGUUCAGAACGGCAACAAUAACAUCAGAACCAAUGCGCCAGCAGCCAUGGACCCGCGCAGCAGGCAAAUGCGCAGAUAUUCAGACUUGGAUCAUAAUGGCAAGAGAGCUGCGUCGCCCUCCGAUCCAAACAGCAUGAGGAUAGGUCGACAGUACCAAAACGGUCGUCAACGCGAACGAGCGGAUUCCCCAAGUCAGAGCCCUGAGAAUUUCGCUGCUAAGAACAAGCGCCGCAAGCUUGAAAGAAAGGCUGAGAAAAGAGCACGACGAGGGAUCAAGCAAGAGAAUAUUUCGCCACCUCCAUUCCACGAUAUUCAACCUCUAGGCUCGAACAAACCUCAGCCAGACGACCGACCUGUUGUUAUCGAUGAGCCUCCUCAAGUCCAGGAGAUACCAUACGUACCAGCUCCUACCUAUGUUGAUACUCCUCAACGGCUAGCACCUCGACAAACCGAACUCGUCCCUAUGAGCGAGCCACGGGUUGUGUCAAGAGCCUCAAUACGACCACGAGACGGACAAGAUCUGAGAAGAGUUGCUAGCUUGCAUAGUCUACGUACUACGGAGCAGCCACGCGAGUAUACUGACUACGACCCAGCACGGUCGCGAGCAGUAAGCUAUAUGCCGGUAGCCAGUCCUCUACGGGAACCACCUCGUGAUUAUGCUUCGGAUACCGAGAGACCAAUCCAAGAAGUGAGAGUUGUUCGCACUCCAGCUCCAGAAUAUCGCGAGGUCUAUGCACAUGGACAACCUGAGAUUCGGUAUAUUCCGGAACCAAUGCCUCCUCCACCUAGGGAACGCAUUGUGGUAGAUCAAUAUGGCCGUCGUUUCCGCGAGAUUGUGCAGGAAUCAGCAUCAGCUGCGCCACAACCUGCCCCCUCCCACCCGAUGAGGGACUCCGUGGCUCCAAUACCACGUUACUACGAUGACUACACGCCUACCCGGGCAGCCUCUGUCAUGUUUGAGGAACGAGGUCCACCUCCGCGAUUUGAACAUGAAAUGCCUCCACCUCGAGUCAUGCGACAAGUGGUUGCUCAGCCUGGCACACCCAUGUCUGCAGCUAGAGAGACGUAUGAGCCUACAUCAGGUGGCAGAGUCCCAAGCGCUGCAGUCUUCGAACGCCCUGCAACUCGCCAGGUCGUAUAUGCGGAUGCUCCUGAAGAAAUCCGACCACCGCCACGAAUGGCUAGUGUUCAACCUCAAGCCCAAGCCUCAUACGCUCCUGUACAAUACGAAGAAGUGCCACCUAGGCAGCUAAUGCCGCGAGCAACUUCUGUGCGACCUGCUCCACCACAACAACGUGAAGGUAGCGUUUUCGUUGAUGAACGAGCGUCUGUGCGUCGUGAGUAUUUACCUAUGGAGCAGUCGCAACCGUCUCGUUAUCGGGUAAUUGAGCAACCCUCGUACCAGCCAGUGUCUCAGAUGCAGCCACUACCGAGAUAUAUCGACGCUGAAGGCAGAGAGAUUAUCUAUGCCCCACCACCACAGGAUGAUGGUGGAAUACGGUAUGUACAACGAUAUUAA